UUCGCAGACUAUAACGUGCACACGUUCGCGUAUCUUCUAGUUAAAUCCACGUGCACUUCACGGCAUUAAAUUGUUACACAUCUGUAGCCUCUAAAUAGAUAAGAUACUCUUAGUACAUAUCCUUCAGUCCAAGAGACCUUUAGUGCAGCAAUAUGGCGUUGUCAGGCAUGUUGGCCCCAAAUUUGAAAGCAACGGAGAAGGUCGACUUCACAUCUGUUUUGAGGAACUUCAUCACAAGCUCGUACAAUGAUUCUCCGGGCGCACACGAUCAAGCGUUGGCAAGUAUCACGAAUAUGCGGAUGUCUGCAGCGCAAACAAUCCAUCCAGGUCUUGUUGGUGACAUCAUACGGUAUUGUCAACAGGCCGAAAAGCUCGCAGAGAAAUUUCCUAUGAAAGACACGUCGAAAAUUCUAGUUAACUUCGACUGGGAAGAUGCGUUUAAAGCCGGCAGAAAGCAUCGUAUG